AUGGCCACGAGGCACGAGCAGUCUACUACUCCGGCGGUCAGCUCCACCCCGUCCCCGACGUCUCCCUCGCGCUCGCCGCGCGCCACCCGGCUCACCGUCGCCCCCACCGUCUUCGCCGCCGACCCGGACCCGCAAGCCCGCAUCGCCGACCCCUGCGUCCUCGCCGCGGACCCCUCCGGCCUCUUCCUCGUCCUCGCUCCGCCGUCCGUGUCCGAGCGCCCCCCCACGGAGGCGCGCGUCCACCGCGGCCCCGACGGCGUCGAGCGCACCAUCCACGUCGGGCGCAUCCCCACGCCGGCCUGCUUCGUCCUCGACGUGCCCUCCGCCGCCGCCUCCCGCGUCCCCGACCCGGACUUCCUCAACGCCUCCUGCGUCGGCGUCAUCGCCGCGCCCGGCGGCCGCUGGUACAUGGUCGUCGAGUUCCAGAACAUCGUCGGCUGCGACGAGGCCACGCUGAUCGGCUUCUCGUCCGAGACCGGCGAGUGGUUCGAGGUGGACGUCGCCAACCACCUGCCCGGCUGGAUCUGGAGCUUCGACGACGUCAUCUCCCACGACGGCAAGCUCUGGUGGGUCGACCUCGCCAUGGGCCUCCUCGCCUGCGACCCCUUCGCUGACCAGCCAGACGUGGCCUACGUGCCGCUCCCGAAAGCAGGCGAACACGGCGGGGGCCGUCACGCUUGCAGCUACUGCUCCCAGAGAAAGCGCGCCUCCCGCCGCAGCGUGCAGGUCAGUAAUGGCAAGUUCCGUUGUCUCGAGACAAGCUGUCCGCUCCAGCGCCAGGGCGGCGCACCAAAGUUCAUCAUGCACACGCUCGCUGAUCCGGAGACAGCUCAGUUGACGCCCGAGUAUUGUGUAAGCUUUGCCGAGAUCUGGGCCGGCGAGAGCUACAAGGCGGCGGGGCUGCCGAAGAAGACGCCCAUGGUCGCCUUCAUCCACCCCAAGAACCCCGACGUCGUCUACUUCUUCGUGGAGGAGUACCUCUUCGCCGUCAACAUGCACACCAAGAAGGUGGUGGAGGGCGAAGCCCACAUGGUCGGCGCCUCCUCUUCGUCCCGUGUUCUCGCGUGGGAGCUGCCGCCCGCGCUAACUGCAGGUUCCUCCGGGAGUCUCUGAAGAUGAAGAAAGGGUCGGGUGGCGAGACGGCCACCUGAUUGCAAGCAAAUCUGCUAGCGUUCUCUUGCGUUGUCCAGGCCCAGAAGACAAGUUAGGAAGAUGCUCUUAUCACCGGUGGACAUCGUUAUGGUGUUCGUCUGCCUUUUUCAACCAUGGAGAUGAUUCUCUUUCUAGAACUGUCACUAGUUUUCUGCGAAACAUUUCAGUAGCUCCUGCUGACACAAUGACCGAUAGGCAUGUUUGUGGAUUCCUGUGUGCGGUGACCGGUAAUGCCAAUGCCCCUACGUUUCGUGAGUUAUUUCUGGUUGCUACAUCCUCCUCAUGCAGACUUCAGUUAAUCUUGGUUGAAUGGUUGUGCAUGCUUGAGGUUGAUUACGGCUCGGUAUAUAUCGGUGACUCCGUAGGCGCACCGU